GAAGCAAAACAAAUUUGGCCACGGGAGACGGGUAGUACAGCCUCACCUUUAGGUCUUUUUUGUCUUAAGUUCUAGCCCAAUGGUUUGUAUUCGAUAAACAAUACAAACCAUAAGAACUUGUAAAGCAAUACUGGCAUCGUCGUCAGACUCGGAAGACGGUGGUGUGUCGCCCCCACCGCCUAAAAAGCAGCGAUUGUCAGCCUCAAACAUGCAGGCAAAUUUUAAUGGCUGCCAACAGCACAAUGGAGAUACGACUGAAGAAAUCGCUUCGACUUCGCAGCAAAAUGGGGCCUGUUCUGCUACUAAUGGCAUAUUGUCAUCUGAGACAGAGAGAGAAACGUCCAUGAAAUCUAUGUCGAGGACUGACCAAGACAUUGUCCGGUUAAUCGGUCAACACUUGAGAGGACUCGGUCUGAAUCGCACAGCUGAACAGCUGAUUGCAGAGUCGGGAUGUAUGCUAGAGCACCCAGCUGCUGCCAAAUUCAGGUCCUAUGUUAUGGAUGGCGAUUGGAAAGAGGCGGAGACAGCCCUGAAUGAACUCAAGUCCCUCGUGGAGUGUGCCCAGGGCCUUCUGAAGAUGAAGUUCUUGCUGCUGGAGCAGAAGUACCUGGAGCAGCUGGAGGACGGGCGAGUCCUGGAGGCGCUCAGCUGCCUGCGCCACGAGCUCACCCCCCUCAAGUACAACACAGAGAGGGUGCAUGUCCUCAGCUCAUAUAUGAUGUGCAGCACUCCAGAGGAUCUGCGUGACAUGGCCGACUGGCAGGGCAAGGGGUCCGAGUCCCGACAGAGGCUGGUGGAGAAACUACAGUCCUUUCUGCCCCCCACAGUAAUGUUGCCACCUCGCCGUCUGCUGACGCUGCUCACACAGGCGGUGGAGCUGCAGAAGGACAAGUGUCCCUAUCACAACACCCGUCUGGACAGCGGGCUGGACGCAGUCUCCCUGCUCCUGGACCAUGUCUGCAGCAAGGACCAGUUUCCAUGCAACACGAUACAGAUUCUCAACGACCACUGUGACGAGGUGUGGUUCUGUCGCUUCUCACCAGAUGGUACCAAACUCGCCACCGGCUCCAAGGAUUGCACAAUGAUUGUGUGGGAUGUAGAUCUAGAAACUCAUGAAUUACGACACAGAAAGACAUACGACAGCCAUCCCUAUGGAGUAGCCUACAUAGCAUGGAGUCCCGACAGCUCACACAUCGUGGCGUGUGGCCCAGACGACUGCUCUGAACUCUGGAUCUGGAACGUUGAGACUGGAGAUUUACGCCAGAAGCUGAGUCAAUCCCCGGAGGACAGUCUCACGAGUGCGUCGUGGCACGUGGACGGCAAGAAGUUCGUCACAGGAGGCACACGAGGCCAGUUCUAUAUUUGUGAUAUCGACGGCACGGUGCUGGACAACUGGGAGGGAGUUCGGGUCCAGUGUCUGGGUUGCCAAGGAGACGGCAAGACAGUGUUGGCAGCAGAUACACACCAUCGAAUCAGGGGAUACAACUUUGAUGAUCUGACAGACUUCAACAUUAUUCAAGAAGACCAUCCCAUAAUGUCUUUCGCAAUCAAUGAAACAGGCAGAUUAGCAUUACUCAAUGUAGCCACUCAGGGAGUCCAUUUAUGGGACUUAAAAGACAAAAUAUUACUGCGCAAAUUUCAAGGUAUCAGUCAGGGUUUCUACACAAUAUUCUCAUGUUUUGGUGGCUUGAAUCAAGAUUUUGUCGCCAGUGGCAGUGAAGAUCAUAAAGUUUACGUGUGGCACAUCCGGCGAGAGUCUCCGAUCGCUGUGCUGGAGGGUCAUGCCCGGACAGUCAACUGUGUUCAUUGGAACCCCAAACUUCCAGGGAUGGUGGCGAGUGCUUCAGAUGAUGGCACCGUCAGGAUAUGGGGACCUCUCGACAGAAUUAGAAUAGGAAACAUGAGUGAAUCAGGGCGGAGUACGCCGGUAUGACCAAGGCCUUCUAUAAGCUAUGUAUGAUAUUUGUGUACAGUAGACAUUUUGAUACGUAUCUACCAACUGUAGCAGAAUACGGAAGCAUGUAGCUAGCAGAGUUGUUCCUAAUGGUGAGAGAUAGUCAGUUCAUGGUGUCAUGGGUUUUCUUGUCCUUCGGGACACAACAGUUAUCUCCCUUAGUUUGUUCUGGUGCUGUUGUCUGCUACCCAGAUUUUUUUUCAAUGCAGAAUAUUGACCGAUUUGAAUUGAAACUAGCUGACGUAUAUUUGUGUCAAUCUCCUUUAUCUUUUUAAUGGAUUAUUAAACAAGAACAAUUUUUCGUUUUCAUGGAAUCAUGAAAGAGAGCUUGUUGUCACAUAGUGCAUGUUCUUUUGAGAACAUGUUUUUAUGUGUUUAAAGAAAAUAUGUCUAAGGAAAAUACUAUCUAAAUAUGAAUAAGAAAAUGAUACCUGUAAGGUAUGUUUUGGACUUUAAUAUGAGAAUUUAGUAAGGAAAAUGAAAAAAAUAAUACCGAGUACUAAUAAUUGCAGUUUCAGUUGAGAUAGCCCUCGUCCCACAGAUAAUUACUGAGAAAAGGAAAUAAUGUUUGGCACUUUAAUUAUAGAUAAAUAUUGAUAUAUUAUAAAUGACAGUGAAAGUGUUCGUCAUAAGAGAUAACAUUUCCAUGAGAACUAAUUGUGUGUGUCAUGCCAUGAUGCGACCCAGUGUAACUGUAAAUAGAGAUUUCAGGGAUUUAUCUAGACUUGCUCAGUGGCCAUUACUCGGCCAAGUCAGGAAAUGUGAGACGUAAUUCCCACUAUUCAAACUAUAUUCUAAUUCAUGUUAAUAUAGUUGUAUUACUGAUGAAAGGACCAAUAAAGAGGAAAGGCUUUAAUGUUUAAUUUUACAUUAUUGCAAUGGAUGAAAUACCUCUAAACUUAAGAAAAUAAGAACUUUAAAAAAUCCCAGUUUUUAGGAAAAUAUUUUUUCCAUAUUUGUGUGCCAAAGGGCACUUAGUUUGAAAUCCUAGAUAAGUGUUGUUCAUGCUGAUUAUGAAAUUAUUACACUGAUCAAUGUGUACCACUCAAAACAAGUUUGGAACACCAGAUUUCUUUCAUACGACUGUAGUUAAUCUAUCAUGGCCAUGAUAGAUUAACUAUGGUCAGAUGAAAAAAUCGCGUGUUCUUUGACUUCUUUCAGUAGUAUACAUUAAUACAUUAAACUAAUUGGGAUUUAUAUUGCUAAUAAUUUGGAAAAGGAAAGAACUACAAACUACAAUUAUUAUAAACAGGUGAAUUAUUAGGAGGUGAAUGAUGUGGGCUAUGUUAUCAUGCUAAGUCUAAGUACUUCUGUUGUAUGGAAGUGAUUGGCUGUUGGCCUACCGUUUAUUUCGCUGGGUAGUGGCAAUGCACCGAGUUCAGGUUAGAUGUGAUGUGUGGAGCACUGUUGCUAUGGUUACUAUGGGUAAUACUGGAGUGAAGUCACCAUGUCCGCACACAAACUGCCAGAAGGUCACUCGCUCAAUUGUUGUUAACAAAGUUGUUUUUCAGGGGAAAAGUCAGACUUGUGAUAUUAAUUCUGUGCCCUUGGUAACUGUUGAUUUGCUCGACUAUUUGAGAAGGGUGAAAUGUUUUGAAUUUUUUUUACAUGAAAUUAAGGACAGACAUUUUUAUAUGCUUUUUAGAAGAAAGUCUCUACCUCAUUGUGGUAGAAAAUUUUAGUUUUCCUCUAAAGUAUAUGACUUUGAAAGAUAUAAAGAUAUUGCAAUAUACAUUUUAUAUGGAUCAUUGAUUACUUUAUAAAUGAAAAUAAGACAUAUACUAUUCAAAAGAAGUUAAAGAACACGUUUCUUUCAUAUGACUGUUGUUAAUCAGGUGUUCUUUAACUUCUUUUGAGUAGUAUAUAUGCUCUUUGGUCGAAAAUACAAUAUUGCUUCUUAGUUUUUCUUAUGACACAAUGUGUUGAGUUGAGUGAGAGUUGAGCGUUGAGGCCUUCUCUCGAUCUGUGUGUGGUACUAUCUGUGGUUUAUGUUGAUGUUUGUCAAGUACAGUUGGAGAUGAUAUUUUAUCACUUGCAUUAUAUUUUAUCUUUUGUACAUACUUUCCCGAUUACUUUGUCAUAUUAUAUCCACUCUAGAUAAGCUAAUAUGUUUUAUGUCAUAAUUGAGCAGAUAGCGUUGCCAUGCUUCAUCUCAUCCGUGCAGACUCUGUAAACACCAACUCAUGGCCAGAUCCGAUCAGUGGUGUCGGACAUUCUAGUAUCUGGGCUGGAUAGAAGUACAACUCAAUUCUUUGUCAUGCUAGUUACCUACACAAUAAUAUCUACCUAAAUAUUUAUCAGAGGCUGCCAAAUAGGACGAAAUUGUGAAAUAGACGUUUUGAUGUUGGUCUGCAAUGUGAAUUGACAUGGGAUGCCUUCCCUGAUCGGUGUGGCAAGAAAAGUGAGGGUAUGGUUUUAUGCCACUCUUAGCAAUAUUCCAGCAAUAUCGUGACGGGGACACCAGAAAUGGGCUUCAUAAACUGUACUCAUGUAGAGAAUCGAACCCAGAUCUUCAGCAUGACGAGCGAAUGCUUUAACCACAAGACUACCCCAUCACCCCUACAAGAAAAGGGCUUAUCUCUCUCUGUUUGUACAGUGUCAUGUAAUAAAGGAUUUAUUUACAUGUAUUGCAGAAAUUUAUACAUUAUUGCACAUAUUUCAGAGGUAUCUUGUAGUUAGAUAUUCAACUUAAUCAGAGAUGAAUGCAUUGUGCAGUUAGCUGUCAUAGAAAAUUUGAUGUCUGUGUCAAUAUUUCUGUGUGAGAGUAGGGGUAGUGUGGUAGCCGAGCUGUUCAAGUGUUGCCUUGUCACCAGAAGAUUCCCAAGAUGGGUACAUUGUUUUAAACCCAUUCAUGGUAUCCAAGUUGGCUGGAGUAUCAUAUUCGCUGUGUUAAACAUCCUGUACCAAUAGUCACCACCUUAUUCACUUUUAGACCAGUCCGUAAAUUAUCUAAAAAAUGCCCCAAACUAAGCGAAAACUUUUACUCUAUUUUCUUGUUUUGACGUGUAGCAGUGUAGAAGGGGUAUUUAUUUGCCUAGUAACUAUUAUCAAAAAAGUUUUAUUUUCGUCAAUAUUUGAACUAAAUUUGUUCACUACGGCAUGAUCUCUGACAACAAAAUUAACUUCUUGUGUAUGGUUUUAUAAGCUCCCCCUCAAGUUUCUUAGCACCCAGCGUGUUUAUUACAGCAAAUACGGUAAUGCAGAUAGCAGCACAUCACCAUCCUCACUCACUGAUGUGAGCGUCAACUUAAAUUGGUUAUAUUUACAUGAUAUUGCACUUCAGUUUGGAUGGGUUUGUUUUCGAGUAGUUAGAGAUAUUGAAAAUUAUGGAAUAACAUUUGCGUCAAUAAUGGUAUUGAUAAACUUGUUAUUGUAAUUCCUGAGGUAGUGGCUCUCGAAAUGAAAUCCUGUAUUUUAGUUACAUCACUGGUCAGGUCUGAUACCAUGUAUCUUGCAUUCCAUCCAAGUUCACUGUAACAGAAUAUGAACUUUUUAGAAAUCUUUAUUCAUUAAUACGAUCAUUCUCUUUGUGUGCUUUGUACGGCAAGAAUCUGAUAUUGUUGGAUAUGUUUGUUAUAAACAGUGCUAUGAAAUUUGUCUGUUAUGAAUACAACACAGUUCAGCGGUUACUACAACAUUUUAUUAAUUUAGUUUAGCUUCAGUUAAUACUGCAUGUUUAAUAUGAUCAUGUGAUAUAGAUAAAAUGAAAGGCCUUGAAACAAUCAGAUCACCGAGCGAAGAUUUAUACACAGAGUGUUAUUUAUGUAAUAGUAUUUAUAAUUGUGUCGCUAAAGGUGGACAGACUUAAUAUUUUGAAAACAUUGCUUCAUAACAAAAGUAGCACAGCUUCCAUGAAGACUUUCGUGAUCAUCGUAUGUCAAGUGAUGUUCACCCUAAUACUAUGUAUAUGAAUCUGAUGACUGUCUACUGCCCAGCAGUUGCCUACAUGUGGCGUCAGUGUGUAAAGUGUCUUUGUGUUUUGUUUCUAGUCAGGCACCUUAAACUAAUGUGUGAAGGGUAGCCAAGUUGACAAGGUGUUAGCUUGUCGCCCUGCGGACUGGGUUCAAUUCCUAACAUGUACAAUGUUUCAGCCAGUUUUUGGUGCCUCCCUCAUUGUAAGUGACAAGGUGUUGUCUUGAAACACUUCUCUGUUAUGUCAAAUUGAGAAUGUUGUAAAUCUUAAAAAGAUCAAAGGGUGAUUAUAAUUUUUUCAAUGUAAUUAUGGUUUUUUUAACUUUUAAUUGAAAUUACUUCACUUGAAAAAUGAAUUUUUUUGUGAUCUGAAAGUUAAAUUUACAAAAUAACAUAAAUGGGAUCAGUGAAUGUGUUUAUGAACAAAUUACUGGUAUUUAAACUAAAACUUGAGGCCAGAAUAUUCUAAAGAAUAUUUUAUAUUUGACAGUAGUGAAUAACAAUGCACUUUGCACACUGACGAGAGUUUUGUUGUAGCCUUUGAUUACUGCAACAAAUGACGUAAAGCUGUGACUUGCGUGCACCAGUGUUCUUUCAAAGAAAUCAUAAUUUCAUGCAUCUAUGAGGUGUACAGUUGUACCAUCAUGGACACUUGCUUGAUUGUGGUCAUUAUCCAACAAGAGCCUGACCUACUCAUCUGCAGAUUCAAACUCUACUUCUUGACGUUAGUUUGAAACAAGUCACGGAUAAAUUACUCUCAUAUUUUUCCUGUUUCGUAGCUACGGUGACCAUCGUCAUCACUUGUGUCUUGCUGUUAGCUCCAUGGUGGCCCACUGGGUGAAGGUGUUGCCUACCUCACCUGCCAGGAUCCGCGGGUUUGAAUCCCAGAUUCAUCCUGAUAACGAGGAGGCCCAGUGGUUGAAGGUGUUGCCUAUCUCACCUGCCAGGAUCUGCAGGUUUGAAUCCCAGAUUCACCUGAUACCGAGGUGGCCCAGUGGGUGAAGGUGUUGCCUAACUUGCCUACCAGGAUCCACUGGUUUGAAUCCCAGGAGCCACAACCUAUGUCACAAGGUUAUUAAGCUGACAUUCUGUGAUGUAACUGAAAAACUCCUUCAAUUAAUGGAGCCCAGCUCACUAAAGAAACACCGAUUAUUUAUUAAUAACAUCUAAGAGUGCAUGUAUUGAAAUGUUUCAAAGUGACAUGAAGAUAUCCAUUUUUAAUAAAUAUGUGCAUUGUUUUUGGCUUGGUUUCUUUGAGUGAAAUAUUCUCAAUAAAUUCUCAAAUAAUCGAUUUCAUAUUUUAUCAAGUGAAGUGUACACAGACAUCUUUGUCAUCAUCUCAGUCGUUUUGUGGUCCGUUAUUACCACGACAUGUGGAACUGUUUCCUCUGAAUCUGCUGAUGAUGUUGGUCAGGCUUUUGAUUACUACGAAAUAUUGCGCUUCAUCUCAUGAGUACAUGCUUGAGUCUGAAGUUGGUGUGAAUUUAACAACUUUUGACCGUGAGAUAGAAAUCUUAAAGAUAUAAAUGAUUAUUCUUAGGAUUUGUAUAUUUUCAGAUAAGUGUUCAUUGCUAUUUUGUUAAAUCGAUCAUAAUCCGCUUAUGACUAACAAUUUGUUGACAUUAAAUGAUUGCUGAGUGUUGAUAUACAAUGUAAUUCUGAUUUCAGUGCAAUCAAUUUGUGAACUUUUCAGUGUUAUAAAGGGUUAACAGUCUUUAUGAUGAUAUUUUCAAGGAGUGGUGUCCGAGUGAUAUAGUAUUUAUCUAGUUGAUAAACAGGUUGUUUUUUAUAAUUGAAUCCAAUGAACCUGUUUAGAAAAGUUGGAUGUUACAUUUUGUAUAUUUAUGUUCAUACUAGUUAUAACUUCAAAAUUUGGUCUCGGACACUUCUGUAGAAUACAUGGAAUAGUUGUAGCAAACAAGCAAACACAUAAAUCCAAUUGAUAAUACUUGCUGGUUGAAACUGCUACAACGAUUAUCUUACAAUUAUUGACAUAAAGAUUUUGAGAGUGUGGACAUCCAUUAUUGUAACACAUUACGCCACUGGUUGCAAGACUGAUAUUGUACGCCAUUGGCUGGAAGCUGUAGUGGAACAUCUCGCUAGGGAAAUAGUACAAUGCAAAAUAAGAUCUGUUUCUUUGUUACAGAGACAAUUUAUGUUUACAUGUAAACAGUAUGGAAGAACAACCAUCCCUUGAUCUCACAGUACUUUCUUGUCUUCCUUGUCAUGUUCAUCUCAUCCAUUGCUACCACUUUCCUCCAACUUGUCUUUAGUUCUAAUUCUAAAUCAUUUCAUCUCUCGAGCCUCAAAGCAUUUUCUAGACACAGUGCAUUCACAGGGCUGGAAGACAAACCAACCAUCUUGUUCUGUACACGAGUGUAUGCUCUGCCAAUGUUAGCAUCCUUUAGCCUGUUGAAGCAGGGGGAUGUCCUGUUGAAGUGUUAGCAGGUGUCUGGAAAGUAGUUUUUUCUGUUGCUAAAGCAAUAACUGUCAUCUUCUACAUUCACUCUCCACAGAACCAUUUGUACCUGGAGGGUGUGAAUGUCCCAUUAUUGGCAUCAACUGCUGAGUGAAAUUUUAUUCUUCAAUGUUUGUUUUCAAUGUGGACAGUUCCCCAACAUGGAUAGUUAAGUAUGUGUUGUCAGCCGUUUUAGACUUGUUACGUCUUCACGUCGCUUGAUGACCAGUACCCCGAUGAUUGCUCCAGAACUGUUGUCAAUUCUGUUGCAAUGUUGAUCCUUGUUGUGCAAUUAAUACCCUUUGUUGAGCCUGAUUUGACAAACGUUUGAAUUUGUAGACAAAUCGGGAAAACUUAAUUUUGUCAGAUGUUUAUAUUAAUUGUGUUCAUGUUCACGACCAUGUCAAGAAAUUCCGAGAUCACGACGCUUUUAGUCGGGACAAGAUGUAUCGUCGCAAUAACUGAAGCCAUCAUGUUGCCAAACAUCGCCUCUCAAUGUCAUUAUUUCAUUACGCAAGAACCAUCGGAAUCGUAAAUACCACCAAGAAACCUUUCAUUGAACAAGUCACAAGUAAUUCUCAUCUCAUGGUUUUAAGCACAGCAUGCGAUGGCCACGAUUCUUCUGCCAAACAUUAGUAUGUUAUCUCGGAUAUGCCAUCGUCAACGGCCGUGCGCUGUCUGUUGGAGCAGAAAUAUUAGGUGUGUCCUUGUCUUAUAUGCAUUUUUACUGUGUUUAUCUUGCUCUGAAGCCUCUGAAUGGUGUCUCGGGCUUGUACAUUAUCUCCGCCAUUUCAAAGAGGAUGUAUUUAUAUUUCAUUUCUCACUUGGAAAUGAAUAAAUUGGAUUUAAUAUA